GCCGUUUCCCACUUUCCUCACUCCGUAAUUCGGAUGGGAAGUUGGGGAAGAUGGACAGGGUCUUGCUGAGGUGGAUUUCUCUCUUCUGGCUAACAGCCAUGGUCGAAGGUCUUCAGGUCACGGUGCCUGACAAGAAGAAGGUGGCCAUGCUCUUCCAGCCCACUGUGCUUCGCUGCCACUUCUCAACAUCCUCCCAUCAGCCUGCAGUCGUGCAGUGGAAGUUCAAGUCCUACUGCCAGGAUCGCAUGGGAGAAUCCUUGGGCAUGUCCUCUACCCGGGCCCAAUCUCUCAGCAAGAGAAACCUGGAAUGGGACCCCUACUUGGAUUGUUUAGACAGCAGGAGGACUGUUCGAGUAGUAGCUUCAAAACAGGGCUCGACUGUCACCCUGGGAGAUUUCUACAGGGGCAGAGAGAUCACGAUUGUUCAUGAUGCAGAUCUUCAAAUUGGAAAGCUUAUGUGGGGAGACAGCGGACUCUAUUACUGUAUUAUCACCACCCCAGAUGAUCUGGAGGGGAAAAAUGAGGACUCAGUGGAAUUGCUGGUGUUGGGCAGGACAGGGCUGCUUGCUGAUCUCUUGCCCAGUUUUGCUGUGGAGAUUAUGCCAGAGUGGGUGUUUGUUGGCCUGGUGCUCCUGGGCAUCUUCCUCUUCUUCGUCCUGGUGGGGAUCUGCUGGUGCCAGUGCUGCCCUCACAGCUGCUGCUGCUAUGUCCGCUGUCCCUGCUGCCCAGAGUCCUGCUGCUGCCCUCAAGCCUUGUAUGAAGCAGGGAAAGCAGCAAAGGCCGGGUACCCUCCCUCUGUCUCCGGUGUCCCCGGCCCUUACUCCAUCCCCUCUGUCCCUUUGGGAGGAGCCCCCUCAUCUGGCAUGCUGAUGGACAAGCCGCAUCCACCUCCCUUGGCACCAAGUGACUCCACUGGAGGAAGCCACAGUGUUCGCAAAGGUUACCGGAUCCAGGCUGACAAAGAGAGAGACUCCAUGAAGGUCCUGUACUAUGUUGAGAAGGAGCUGGCUCAGUUUGAUCCAGCCAGAAGGAUGAGAGGCAGAUAUAACAACACCAUCUCAGAACUCAGUUCCCUACAUGAGGAGGACAGCAAUUUCCGCCAAUCUUUCCGUCAGAUGAGAAGCAAGCAGUUCCCUGUGUCUGGGGACUUGGAGAGCAAUCCUGACUACUGGUCAGGUGUCAUGGGAGGCAGCAGUGGGGCAAGCCGCGGGCCCUCAGCCAUGGAGUAUAACAAAGAGGAUCGAGAGAGCUUCAGGCACAGCCAGCCACGCUCCAAAUCCGAGAUGCUGUCACGGAAGAACUUCGCCACGGGGGUGCCGGCCGUUUCCAUGGACGAGCUGGCGGCCUUCGCUGACUCCUACGGCCAGCGGCCCCAUCGGGCCGAAGGCAACAGCCACGAGGCGCGGGGCGGGAGCCGCUUCGAGCGCUCGGAGUCGCGGGCGCACGGCAGCUUCUACCAGGACGACUCCCUAGAAGAGUACUACGGCCAGCGCAGCCGCAGCCGCGAGCCCCUGACCGACACCGACCGCGGCUGGGCCUUCAGCCCCGCGCGCCGCAGACCCACCGAGGACGCGCACCUGCCGCGGCUCGUGAGCCGCACGCCGGGCACCGCGCCCAAAUACGACCACUCGUACCUGGGCGGCGCACGGGAGCGGCAGCCGAGGCCCGAGGGCGCCAGCCGAGGCGGCAGCCUGGAGACGCCGUCCAAACGGAGCGCGCAGCUUGGCCCGCGCAGCGCCUCCUACUAUGCGUGGUCGCCGCCCGGCACCUACAAGGCCGGCUCGUCGCAGGACGAACAGGAGGACGCAUCCGACGACGCGCUGCCGCCCUACAGCGAGCUGGAGUUGACCCGCGGCCCAUCCUACCGUGGCCGCGACCUGCCCUACCACAGCAACUCGGAGAAGAGGAGGAAAAAGGAGCCCGCCAAGAAAACCAAUGAUUUUCCAACCAGGAUGUCCCUUGUGGUCUGAUGUUGUCAACAUUUCUCUGGAUGACGAGAAAUGGACUAUGGGGACAAGACACAAAUCCAAGAGCCAGCAGACCCGGGACCUUCUCUGGCCAUCACCUUGGAAGAUUUGCUGAUCUCUGCUUUGGCAAGGGAUGGGAGGCAGCCUUUAAGGGAGGCUGAUUUCAAACCUCUGUGCCCAUCUAACUAGUUUGAGAAACUUACCAAGAAAGCAAGAAUGUGCGAGAAUAUUUCUACAUACAGAGUUUCUCAACUAUAGCGUUUAUCCUGCCCAACCUCCUCCCUUAACAGAACCAGGACUCCAUUUACAAUUCUGAAAGAGAGUUCGCUCUAGACUGCUAAUCUCCAGAAAUUGCCUAUGCCUACAGUAUGCUUUUCUAUACCUCCUGUGCUAUACUUAGAGACAGAAGAAUUUAUUACUAUUAGAAGAAGGCCUUCUGCUGACAAGGGAAGAUAGCUUCAAGUCAAGAUAUACCUUUUAUCCCCAUCACUUUCCAGUCACUAGUCAAUGACUGUUGUUACACUAAAAAGGCCUUUGGUGAGCUCAGUGACAGUGACCUCUGGUACAAUCACAGAAAUGACUUCA